AUGACCGUCUUCGCCCGCAUUGCAAGCUAUUACAUGAGCGGAACCGCCAGCAACCAGACCAUGGUGCUGUUGAGCUUCCAGCAAUCUAGCUAUGACAAACCCCUCAUCGUCGACGUUGCAUAG